UUUUAUUUUUGUUUCUUUAAUUAUCAUCUCAUCUCAUCUCAUUAGAUUGAUUGAUUAGAGUUUUAAUUGAUACUAAUUUAGAUUAAUAUCAUUCUUUUAACUGUGAUUGAGAUACAUUUUAAUUUGGUUGAUUAUCUUUUUCUUUGUUAAUGAAACACUUUCAUGUUCAUCACUUUGUCUCUACCUUGGUUUCUGGUAACAUCUUUGGGUUUAGAUUAUCCUUUGUUAAUCAUUUUGGCCUUUGAAAUUUACUGACUGACAGAUUGACUCAUGUGACUCAUUAAGACAUUCACAUUGUAAUACAUCAGCAAAGUGUCAUCAUCAUGGUUAAUCUAAAGGAAGAAUUCAUUGAGCAAACAAAAGCUGCCCGAUUAAACAGAGAAAAAGAAAAGAAAAUUCAUCUUAGUGCAAUAAUCAUCCAGAAAUUUUUUCGUGGUUUUAUAUCUCGUAGACGAUUAACCCAAAAAUUUAUCAACGAUUUCAAUGAUUCCAUUAAAGAUUGGAAAGACAAUGAAGAGAAGCCCCAAUUUAUUGAAGCAUUAACAGCAUUUCGAGCCUUUAACAAAUUACUCUGGGUAAUCAACAGGAAACAAGAUCUACAAUUGUUUGAGAAAAUGUGCCGAUACAUAAUCGCAACAAUGUUCAAUUGCGAUUUAACCGUUGAAAGUAAAGUGGCCUAUGUUGUGGUUGCCUUUGAACCAAAUUACACCGUUCCCUGGAUCCACCAGAUUAAAAUUAUACUUUCCCAUUGUUCAAAAUUAAUUUCAACCCUGAGGCCAGAAAAGGCAAAUGAAUUUCGCUCUAUUAUGUUAUUCCUUAACAUGAUGGUUACCUUUACCUCACCCUCUUCAUGGCCCAUUUUAACCCAACAAUCAACUCAUGCCAAAGAUUAUUCCAAUUUACGUCCAGUUAUGAAUCAGCUGUGUACCAAUGUUCUUAACACCCUAGUCACCAAAGGAUUUCACCUGAACCUUCAAAGUCUCUUACACAAAGGCCUUUGUAAAAGUAAUCCGUCCCUGAAUAAAUCUUCACUCACCGCUGUUUGUACUCUCUCCAUGAGACACAUGAUUAACUGUUCAUUCAAUGAAAUUUCUGUCAAAUAUUUCCUAAUUCAUAUUCUAUCAACUCCUGGACUCAUUUAUCACCUCAACUCGACAUGUCCAGAAACCAUGCAAUCUUUUCAGAGUCAAAAACUUUUCACCAAAUGUAUUAAUUUCCUCAGUAAUGAGGCCACUUCCAGUCAAUUAUUUGAAUCUCUCGAAGCCAAUUAUGGCCUCUGUCUCUUGGCUAAUCUAAUCAACUUAAGUUACAUUGAUCAAGAUCAACUUAAAGAGUCAUUGAUGGACUUUGUGAUAAUUGUUGGUCGACUUCUAGAAGGCUGUCAAAAGUAUGUCACUAGUAAACAAUCAAGUUUAACCCACUGGCAUCCAAUCUUGGGCUAUUUUGCUCAAAAUGUUGAUUCUGGGCUUCACGAAUCAUUGAUCUAUGUGAAAAAGCAACUUCAAUUCUUGUGGAGUGUUAAAAUGAUCAACAUUAUGUUUGAUUCGCUAUUUGAAAUUACCAAAAAUAAUCAUCGCACCAGUUCAACGAGUUCAUCUCGUAAACAAAGUCUAAUUUCAACGGAAAGUGGUUACACUAAUCAUGAAGAAAUUUCGACAGUUAAUCACUGUGACUCCGAUUAUUCCACAUCAUCAUCAUCAUCAUCAUCAUUCCUUAAUCGAGCAACUUUUCUUCGACGGGUUAUUGAUAUCGCUUCGAUUGCAGUAAACAAGGCAACAAAUUCACGUUUAUCAAGCUCCUAUUCAUCAGCAAAAGAUAAUCGGAAAUUUGGUUCACCCGAAGUAACCGUGAUCUCACUUAUAUGUUCAAUGUACGUUAUCGCCCUUGAAACCCUUUCACAGGUCAAAAUGGACAUUCUUACCGGCCUUUGUUAUCAGGAUCUUAUUUUACCAAAUCUUUGGAAAUUUAUUUCCUCCUUUGGACCUAAAGACGGUUUAAACGCUUUCCUCGAUCUUCUCUCCGUUAGUCCUAAAGCUUGUGCUUUCGAAUUUCAACUUUUAAUUCUAUUCUGUGAUUGUGCUACUCACCUGAUUACUAUUUUAGAUGAGAAGGAAUUUUAUGAAGAGCAGAAACCGUUUUCUCUGGAGAUAUUACAUUCGAUUUCCUCUUUUCUAAACAAUUUAGUCUAUCGGAUUAUCGCGAAUAAUUUAAUAGAUUUAAAAAACAUCUCAUCAAGUCAACUUUUAAAUUCAACUCAUUCACUUUUAAUGGUUCUUUACAAGAGAGACUCAAGACGAAGCUAUUUACCACCUGAUCAUUGGUUAAUUAAGGAUAUCAAAGUUGCUAAUUUCCUGAAAGAUUUAGAAAGUGGAAAAAAAUCUUGUCAAUUGUUGAUGAUGAAAGUUCCUCAUAUCAUUCCCCAUAAGGAGAGAGUUGUACUGUUCCGUAAACAAGUAAACACUGAGAAAACUGUUCUAGAAUUAACUGAGACCUCUUGUUCCUCACCGCAAUCAACUUUAAUCACAAUUCAUCGAUCACGUAUCGUUGAAGAUGGUUACCAACAAUUAGCUUUACUCCCAUCUCAAGCCUUGAAAGGAAUUAUAAGAGUUAAAUUUAUCAACGAACAAGGUCUAGAUGAAGCUGGAAUUGAUCAGGAUGGAGUUUUCAAAGAAUUUCUUGAGGAAACAAUUAAGAAAGUUUUCGAUCCUUCGCUCAAUUUAUUCAAAGUAACUUCUGAACAGCGACUUUAUCCUUCACCAACUUCUUACAUUCACGAAAAUCAUCUAUCACUUUUCGAGUUUGUCGGUAAAAUGUUGGCCAAAGCCGUUUACGAAGGAAUCGUUGCCGAUGUUCCUUUCGCCUCCUUCUUCCUGGGUCAAGUUCUUCACCAACAACAAAGUGCCCUUUACUCAUCUAUCGAUGAAUUACCCUCACUUGAUCCCGAAUUGUAUAAAAAUUUAACUUACGUGAAACAUUAUGAUGGUGACGUUGCCGAACUUGAUUUAACCUUUUCCGUUGAUGAAGAUUGUAUGGGUAAAAUUGUUUCUCAUGAACUUAUGCCCGGAGGGAGAAUAACUUUAGUCACUAAUGAGAAUCGAAUUAGUUAUAUACACUUGAUGGCCCAUUUUCGAGUUCACCGGCAAAUUCGUGAGCAAACAGCCGCUUUUAUCCGUGGAUUUCGAUCAAUUGUUAAUCCUGAUUGGUUAACAAUGUUUUCCACCCCCGAGUUUCAACGACUCAUCUCAGGAGAUAAUUCACCCAUUGACCUUGGUGACCUUCGUCGUAACACCAAAUACUAUGGUGGAUUUCAUAAUAAUCACAAAGUAAUCAACUGGUUUUGGGACAUUUUAGAGAGAGACUUUAAACCGGAUGAGCAUCGAUUAUUACUCAAAUUCGUGACCAGUUGCUCGAAACCUCCGUUACUUGGAUUUACUCAUCUUAAGCCACAAUUUUCAAUUCGAUGUGUUGAAGUGAGCGAAGAUCAAGAUAUCGGUGAUACCGUUGGUUCCGUUCUUAGAGGGUUUUUCACUCUUCGUCGUAAAGGUCCAGUUAACCGAUUACCCUCUUCGUCGACAUGUUUCAAUUUACUUAAAUUACCAAAUUAUCAAAAGAAAUCAGUUCUACGAGAUAAACUUCGUUAUGCAAUCACGAAUAACACUGGAUUUGAAUUAUCUUAAUCACCGCCAGCGAAAUGAACCAAUUAUGACCAAAAAUUAAUCCAAUUCAGUAACUAGUCAUGUUGGAAGACUUGGAAUCAAAUAAUUAAUCAUAUUACAUGAUUAUCAUCAUUUGAAGCCAUAUUUUUGCAUUUCUUUUUUUUUCACUCUUUUUAAUUGUCACCAUUGAAAUUGAUUGGUUUUGGCAAUCAACACGAAAACAAUUAACUUUCACUAUUUUACCUCAUAAAGACACAAUUGAUUUGUAUUUUGUUUUUUAA